AUGGCGACAAUAUCUGAUCUAUCAGAUGAUUUGGUUAGAGAGGUAUUUUCUAGGGUUCCAUUGACAUCUCUAAACGCAGUGCGAUCUACUUGUAAGAUGUGGAACACUACAUCCAAAAAUCACAUCCUUGGUAAAAAAGUACCAUCACAUCAGUUUCUGGAGUUCAUGGUUUCAGAUUCUAGGGUUUGUUCGUUGAGAUUCGAUCUCCAAGGAAUCCGCAACAAAGAAGAUUUGAUAGAUACAUCUAUAAAGCAACUAAGUAUACCUAAUAAUCAUCAAGUCGAGAUAUCUAACGUCUAUCACUGCGAUGGCUUAUUGUUAUGCGUAGCCAAACACAACUCGAGCCUCGUUGUAUGGAAUCCGUAUUUAGGGCAAACCAAGUGUAUCCAACCAAGAAACGAUGAAUUCAACAUAUAUGACAGGUUUGCUCUCGGACACGACAACAACCAUAACCACAAAAUCUUGAGGUUUCUUUAUGAUGGCGAGAGAAACCGAAGAGGUCUAAAAAGAGACAUUGAUGUCUACGAUUUUAGCUCUGAUUCUUGGAGGGUUCUUGAGGUCAAUCCGGACGGGGAUGUACCAAUUUAUUACAGUGGCGUGUCUUUGAAGGGAAACACUUACUUUUUCGCUCAAGAUGUAACAACAGAGGAAGAACCAGAAGUGAUGUCACCAACAGAUGCAUAUGAUCUGUUGGUAACAGACAUUGAAGAUUAUUUACUCUGUUUUGAUUUCACAACAGAGCGAUUUGGAAAGCGUUUGCCUCUGCCGUUUAACCCUCCCUCUCCUACAUUUGAAUAUUUGACUCUAUCUUGGGCUAGAAAUGAGAAGCUCGCUGUGCUGUACAACCACUACGACACAUUUGAGACAUACGAUAUUUGGAUUUCGACUAAGAUUGAGCCCAAUGCGGUAACAUGGAGCACUUUUUUGACUGUGGACAUGUCACUGAUUAAUGGUUUACCGGAUGGUUUUUCGACUAAAUUGUCACCUAGGAGCUUCUUCAUUGACGAGGAGGAGAAAGUAGCUGUGCUUUUUUUUACUUAUGGUACCGGGACGUGUAUCAACCAAAUGGCUUUCAUCGUUGGAGGUGAUGGAUACUUCAAAUCUGUCAACAUCGGACUACUUUCGAAUUCCCAGGGGACUCGAGGCGAACUUGUGUGCUCCUCUUAUGUUCUAAGUUUAGUGCAACUGCAAGUUUAGUCCUUUUCUAUUACUUCUAAAUGUUGUUUCUUGCUUUGAGCAUAAAAAGACUGCUUCUCGUUUGAAGAAAUAGGUGAUAGAGUUCCAUUUUGUUUGAAGACUGCUUCAUG